CAAGUGUUGCAUAACCACCCACUUACUGUGAACUCCUAUAAAUGAGAGAGAGGAAACAAGGUAAGACACAUUUGUAACUUGGAGCUGAAGGAUGGAGAGAGCCUGCUGGAAACACAUCCUGGCCCUGCUGGUGGUCUUGGUCAGCACACAUGCAGAAGCUUCAUUUUCCCUCCACAUGGAUGACUUCAUCAAGGCGGUGAAGCAGGUGGAAGACGGGCAUCCUGGGUCAGAGCCAGCAGCCAUGCUGAAGAGGCUGCGCAGAGCAGCUGGCCUCAAUGAUGCACUCAUUCAGCACUUCCUUGGAAAUGCUGACUCUGGUGGUCCUGAAAUGAAUGCUACCCUCUCGGCUUACAUUAGGAAGGCUGUCCAUCACAGGGUGACUGAACACGGCAAAGAGAAGGGUGUGGUCCUGACUUCUGAUGGCACCACUGUUGCCCUCAUGCCACUCCUCCUGGGCAUCGAGGCUGGUUUCCUUUCCAAGUCUAGGGAGCGUGUUCGGGGCCUGUACCAGCUCACUCUGGCCAAAGACCUGGACCUUUCUUUUAUUCCCAGCUCUCCACACACCCCUCUUCUGGGACCUGAUGGCUGCUGGGACAACCUGACCUCUCCUCAAGUCUUCACCCUGUUGGACACCCCCUCUGUGCUCACCACUGCUCAGCUCAACGGAGGCAUGGACGGCGUGAUCUUAGGGAUGGAGGCCAAAUCCAGACAUCCGCUCAAGCUCAGCAGUCUGCUGACAGAGUACUACUGCCACCAGCUGGACAGAAGAGGACUGGAUGCUGCCCCACGCCUCAUCAGCCGACGUCGCAGGGAGAACUUCAGAGGGCUGUUUGGGCCUCUGGUGCUGUCCAGACAGGUGGUGAAAUCAGUAGAGCUGCAGCGGAGACUGACGGGACGCUCAAAGAUGGACGUGAAGAAGAGGAGAGAGCUGAUAGACGUGGUGAAAAGGGGAAUAAAGGAGUUCGUCCAGGAGUACAUGGAUUGCCCACCCAUCGUUCCUCGCUGCAUGUGGCGUGCACAGCCGUACAGAGGGACCCCCACCAACCUUACUCUUCCUCUCUCCUUCUUGUACAUCCACCACACCCACACGCCGAGUCAGCCCUGUCUGACCUUCGAGCAGUGUUCUGCAGACAUGCGCUCCAUGCAGCGCUUCCACCAGGAGGACAGAGGCUGGGAUGACAUAGGAUACAGCUUCGUCGCAGGCUCUGACGGGUACAUCUACGAGGGCCGAGGCUGGCACAGACAAGGAGCCCACACCCUCGGACACAACUCCAUAGGCUACGGUGUUUCUUUCAUUGGAGACUACAUGGCCAGACUGCCCUCCCAGCAUUCCAUGGAGCUGGUGAGAAAGAAGCUGACAUCCUGCGCUGUCAGUGGUGGCCGACUGAAAGCCGACUACACCGUGCAGGGGCACAGACAGGUGGUGAACACUUCCUGUCCUGGAGAUGCGCUCUAUAAAGAAAUCAAAGGCUGGGAACACUUUGGGGAGGUCAAGAAACGAAACUGAAGAGGAGCUGGGACAAACCAAAACUGACACAAUAAAUACAAUAAAUUCUUUUUAUUCUUAAUGUUUCUAAUUGUGGCCAUGUGCUGUGUGAAAUUUUAUAAAUCUCAUGACGUCUUUAUCACUAAUCAUUAAAUACCAAAUGUUUGCAAAAGA